GAGAGCGAAGUUGCCGACACCUAUCAGCCCUCUCCAGCUCUCUCCGGGUCUCUCCAGCUCUCUCCAGCUCUCUCCAGUCCUUUCCUGUCUUCUCCGGUCCUCUCCAUUUUUUUCCAGUCCUCUCCAGUCCCCUACAACUGGAACAUUGCCAAGACCUUCCAUCCACCAAGGCUGCGGCUUUCGACGUUGACAAAUCAACAUUUAAUACCGGGAACAAGCAUUGUGAUCCACAGCCACAGAGACAAACCCAAGACUUUACUCAACCGUCUCAACCGUGAAUACCUCAAUCAAAAUGUCAAACCCAACCCCAACCCCAACCCCAGCCCACACCACCACCACCCCAUCUCCACCCCCAAUCCAGCCCUGCACCUGGACCGGCCUCUCAACCCACAGCGCCGACUGGGCCUGCGCCAUCAAACACAACCAGAGAUACCUCGCCGGCGCCCUAGGCCUCCCCACCACCGCCGACCUCUGGGACCUCAUCCACACCGACACCCACCUCGCGCCCGUCCUCCGCGAUUUUAUUGCCGCGAGAGGCACCUGUUCCGGCGCCGGCGGGUCCCUCCGCCCCGACCAGAAGCAGACCUGUUUUCACACGCUCAUGAAGAUCGUGGGCGACCCGACCCAGCACGUGCAUUUUAUUCGUCCCGACACCCCGCCAACCUGGGCGAGCUGCACGACCCGUAAGAAGUUCACUGCCUAUGCGCUGCUGUGGUGGGCGAUGGCGGUGAUGCGCGCGAAGCCGCUGCUGUCUCCCGGCACGGAUCUGACACCGGGCGCGGCGCGGGUCGAUGCGUUUGAGGUUUUCGUGGCGGCGAGGCUGCUGAAUUACGUUUAUCAUCUUCAGGCUCAUGGCGGUGGAUUGGAGAGGCAGGCGAGGCCGAAGAAGGUGGUUCUGGCGGUUGAUCCGGUGAGGAGUGGCUGA